AUGGCUGACAAGAAAGGCAAUGUGUCCUCAAGCCGUAAGCAUACUCUGAAGAGUUGUAUGCUGGCAGUUGCUAAGGAUUUGCUCGAAGCUGAAGCGUUAGAGAAAGUUAAAGAGAGGGAGAGAUACAUGGACGAGAACUGCCCUCCUCUGGACAUUCCCCACUCCAAGGAUGAUUUGGUGGACCUUUGCACAAAGAUGUACGACAAAAUUAAUGUGAUUGAUGAGGAGAGAUACAACUUAGAAUACAAAGCAGUCAUGGUUUGCAAUGAGGUUAUAGACCUAAACAUAAAAAUCGUUGACAUGAGGGGCAAGUUCAAGAAGCCAGCUCUGAAGAAAGUGCGUAUGUCUGCUGAUGCUAUGCUCCAGGCUCUGCUGGGCUCCAAGCACAAGGUGACCAUGGAUCUGAGAUCCAACCUAAAACAAGUGAAGAAAGACGAGAAGAAAGAGGAUUUGCGUGACGUUGGUGACUGGCGUAAGAACAUUGACGACAAGGCUGGCAUGGACGGCAGGAAGAAGAUGUUUCAGGGAGAUUCUUAG